AAGAAGGAGCAUUUAUACAAAUUUGUCCUAGCAUAUGGGACGAGGAAUGUGCCUUUAUCUUUGUGUAUUUCUGGGACUGAAUUCACCAUGACGACGUGGAGAUGUUCACAAGACGCCAUUUUGUCUACAGUUUGUGUUUUCUUCAUAGCAGGAUUGCCAGUUGGGUCUACAGUUGCUUCCGAUGGUAUAAGUCUGACUUUAUCAACACCCAAAGACAGAAGUGACCAUUGUGGUUAUCUUACGUGUAACCACAGCAGCCAAGCAGAUGUCACAUUCUUUAAUGAACUUAAAAUCUACAACAUUGCCAACAAUGGUUCAAUGAUAGCGUCUUUGUCUCAAGGUAACCAUUAUGUUUCUACUGAAGGUGGAUUUGAUUUGAAAAGAAAAUAUUUAAGAAACUCUCAGGCUAGUCUUCAGCUGUCCAUAACAAAACCAGAAAACUGCCUCUUCGGACUCUACCUGUGUGUCGUGGACUUCAUCGAUGAGCAUGGAUCUAAACAAACCAACACGGCUGUAGCUGGAGCUGAAGACAGGGGCAAUGUGUCUUGUCGAAAUGAUAGAGUUGUCUUGAAAGCGGAGAAAUCUAUUCUGGACAGCUUGGCGAGAUUUCAAAAGAGAUUACAGAAAAAUGAUAAACUGUUGCAAGAAAAAAUGGAUCGAGGGCUGAACAAAACAACAAGUUUAAUUGAGACGAAAAUGGAAGAAAUUAAUACAAAGUAUGGACAUUUCUCUCAGGCUUUUAAAGAUCUUAAUCUGUUGGAGGAUAGAAAUAAAGAAUGGACUUUGGCGUUUCGUGGAACUCCUUUCAUUGACAAAGCGGUGUACGAAGCUUACCUUGACGGCACUGGGAUACCUUUUGAUGUUGAGAUCGGCUGUAAAGUUAUCAAUUCUUCUCUCCCCUGUUACAAUCAUUACAGAAACAGUUCAAUCCUUGACCACUGGAAAAAUAUAAAAGAGGUCAAGCUGGCAAUCUAUCAGAACAAUGUCCAGGUCCAUUACAUUAUUUUUAACGGACAAGGUUCAAACUACUUGAACUGGUUUUCCCAAAGAAGAGUUCUAAGUUCUUCCUGGACGGACAUCAAAUGGAAAACCACAAAUUAUUUCAGCAUCGAAGGCCUAGCUAGUCACGGGAGAAGAUUCUAUAUCAACCAUGUUUUCUCAGGAUGCCAUCUAGAUAUCGGCUGGUUCUCCGCCUUUGAUUUAAACCGUUACAGGUGUCCCUACCACACAAGUGCUUCGUAUCCACUGAUGAAAUAUGCGAAAGGAAGUGAAGCAGACGUUUGGAAUGGGCCAAAUAUUGGCGUGGCAGACUUUUUCGCCAUAUUUGUAAAAUAAAUGACAACGGGUCUUAAGGAAAUUUUUACAUUUUCCUUUAAAAUUCUUUGUUUCAGCAGAAAAACACUUAACAAUAUAAAGUUACUCAAGAUAAAUAUUAAUUUUAUUCAUUCAUUAAAUAGUAUUUAAAAGUAAAAGUAAACUUGCGUAUUUGUGUUCUGCUUGUCUAAGUUUCUUAAGUGAUAAGUUGCUUAAAAGAUAAGUGUCUUAAGUGAUACGUUGCUUAAGUGAUAAGUUGCUUAAAAGA